AUGAGCUGUCCACUGGCCCGCCUCUGCCUGCUGACCGUGUUGUCACCACCCCUCAGCUCAGCAGCCUCCAUUUCCCCAGCUGAGCCCAUCAGUCAAGCCUAUAGCCUGGCCCUCUACAUGCAGAAGAACACCUCAGCGCUGCUGCAGACUUACCUCCAGUACCAGGGCAGCCCCUUUAGUGACCCUGGCUUCUCGGCCCCUGAGCUCCAGCUCAGCAGCCUGCCUCCUGCCACCACCUUCUUUAAGACCUGGCAUGCCCUGGAUGACGGGGAACGGCUGAGCCUUGCUCAGAGGGCCUUCCUGGCAUUGACCCAGCACUUCCAGCUCGUGGGGGACGACCAGAGCGACCUGAACCCUGGCAGUCCCAUCCUGCUGGCUCAGCUCGGGGCUGCGAGACUCAGGGCCCAAGGCCUGCUGGGCAAUAUGGCUGCCAUCAUGACAGCCCUGGGGCUGCCAAUCCCCCCAGAAGAGGAUACUCUAGGGCUUGUUGCCUUUGGGGCCUCGGCCUUUGAGGGGAAAUGUCAAGGCUACGUGGUGACCCGGGAAUAUGGCCACUGGACAGACCGAGCUGUGAGAGACUUGGCUCUGCUCAAGGCUAAGUACCCAGCAUAG